UAAUUUUUAUUGCUUGAAAACAGUAUUUAUUAUUGCACGAGGGAAUAAUAUAUAUAAACAACAGGAAGUAUUUGUUAAUUAAUUGUUUAUUCCUUUGAAAUCUUUUAAAAUUUGACUAUAUACAAUGUAAACAUGUUUGGCUAAAUUAAUAGCAGAUGUAGCACCACACGCUAUCAAAGAACGAGAAUUGAAGCAUUAUUUUGGUCGUAAAAUAGCACUCGAUGCGCCAAUGUGCUUGUAUCAAUUUCUUAUCGCAGUUCGCAGUGAGGGUGCACAGCUAACUACAGCGGAUGGUGAAACAACAAGCCACUUAAUGGGUAUGUUCUACCGAACAAUACGUUUAGUAGAACAAGGAAUAAAACCAGUGUACGUAUUUGAUGGAAAACCACCAAAUUUAAAAGGUGGUGAAUUAGCUAAACGUGCUGAAAGAAGGGACGAAGCUCAAAAACAGUUACAAGCAGCAGAAGAGGCUGGAAAUGUAGAGGAUAUAGAUAAAUUUAACAGAAGAUUAGUAAAAGUCACACAAGAUCAUACAAAUGAAGCAAAGCAGUUAUUGAAGUUGAUGGGUAUUCCCUAUAUUGAUGCACCAUGCGAAGCCGAAGCACAAUGCGCUGCUUUAGUAAAAGCUGGCAAAGUUUUUGCAACAGCUACAGAAGAUAUGGAUGCACUUACUUUUGGAUGUGAUGUUUUGCUUAGGCGAUUAACAUCCAGUGAAGCCAAAAAAUUGCCUGUACAAGAGAUUCAUUUUGAUAAAGUAUUAGAAGGUCUUGAACUGAAUCAUAAUGAAUUUAUCGAUCUUUGUAUACUGUUAGGCUGUGAUUAUACAGGUAGUAUUAAAGGAAUAGGGCCAAAAAAAGCUAUAGACUUGAUUAAAACACACAGAUCACUUGAAAAGAUCCUAGAAAACAUAGAUACAGCGAAGUUUAUAGUUCCUGAAGAUUGGAAUUAUAAGCAAGCUCGACUACUGUUUCAAAAGCCUGAAAUCAUGGAUGAUGAGCAGAUUGAAUUGAAAUGGUCAGAACCAGACGAAGAGGGUUUAGUACAGUUUUUAUGUGGUAAGCAAUUUAAUGAGGGAAGAGUAAGAAAUGGAGCAACAAAAUUACAUAAAGCACGACAUACUUCUACUCAAGGAAGAUUAGACACAUUCUUUAAAGUACUACCUAAUCAAAAUCUCAACUUAAAACGUAAAGCAGAAGAAACAAAUGCAGCAAAUAAAAAAGGGAAAAAAGGUACGAAAGGAAAACCACGUGGAAAGGCAAAAUAAAUUUUUACCGUAUUACUUCGAAUUUAUGAUACACAUGCUUGUAUACAAGUAUGAUCAAUGUUUGCUAUGUCUGUCUUAAUAUUACUGUAAGCAUUAGGUCUCAAAUUUUUACUCACAAUUUUUAAUCUAUAAGAUUAUUACAAUAAACACAAGUGUAUCUAAA